GCCUUGUGCUGCAUCGCCACGACCAGACUCGAGCCGAGUUCCAAGCAGCAGUAACCAAGGAGAGAACGUACGCUCGGACCGGGUCGACGAAGCUGGCAUGGAGAGGGAGCUCCUGCUGGCCGCAAUGGAGGAGUGCGUCGAGGCACGGCGCUGUCUCGCCGGGAUUAGGUUCCGGCUGGCCGAGCUCUGGACCGUCGCCGACGAGCUGGAGCGAGACGCGAUGGCCGACGAGCGGCCCUUCCACGACAUCCCGCCUCGCCUCCGGGAGAUACAACUACGGACAGAGGACGUCUCCGACACGCUGCAGGAUCUCCGGCCGUCCAUCGACCGCAUCGUCGCCCUGGGCAAAGCGUGCAGGGAGGAGGAGAUAUCUCUGGCGUCGCCCAACGCCCGCACCGCCACCUGAUCCAUCGAUGGAUAACCACAUGUUUGGUGCAUUGUGCUGUGUGCCCACCGUUUUUUGAACCGUAGUAAUGAUUAGUGUGUUAAUAUCCCUUGGCAGUGAUGAAAUCAAAUUCUUAUAUUGAAAGUUCAUUGAUCGUCUCUUCAA